AUGAACGGAGUUCUCGAGCUACCGGAGAGACUGUUGACAAUGACAAUCCUCACGGUCCCACUGAGAACAUGAUCCUCCGCCAGCCGCCACAGGCCUGUCCCAGAGCCGCAGUGCCCUGCUGUGUUUGUGGGCCGUGAGCAUGCCCUCGCCCCGGCCCGGUCCUUUCAGCCUGACGUCGAAGCAACCUAAAGCAGGAUGUAUUUCAACCGCUCCAAGAAGAUCCACAGCGAAGGAGAACAGUUAGUGUUGACCGCCAUUAGGCAGGACUCCAGCGAGCUACCAGAGUCUGCUACCAUGCGCGCCCGCCUCACAGACCGGUUUGAUAAAACAUCGCCUCUCUCUCAUCAAUCCAACGGUGCAGGACCCGCUUGCUCUUCCGCCGGGUACCGCAAGGCAGACGAUGAGAUGUCCGGUACUACUUCCCAGGCGGAGACCCUAGAUGCCACGGCGCGGAGCAUCCACCUCCACCAGCCCCAGCUCACCAAAUUCUGUGAUAACCACGUCAGCACAACCAAAUAUGGCGUCCUCACCUUCCUGCCGCGCUUCCUCUACGAGCAGAUCCGCCGUGCCGCCAACGCCUUCUUCCUGUUCAUCGCACUCAUGCAGCAAAUCCCUGACGUGUCGCCGACGGGUCGGUACACCACGCUGGUGCCCCUCAUCUUCAUCCUCACCGUGGCCGGGAUUAAAGAGAUCAUAGAGGACUACAAAAGGCACAAGGCAGACAACACGGUCAACAACAAGAAGACAACAGUUCUGCGAAACGGAGCCUGGCAGACUGUCAUCUGGAAGCAGGUGGCAGUAGGAGACAUAGUGAAGGUGACCAAUGGGCAGCACCUUCCAGCUGACAUGGUCAUCGUGUCCUCGAGUGAGCCUCAGGCCAUGUGCUACACGGAGACCUCCAACCUGGACGGCGAGACCAACCUGAAGAUCCGACAGGGUCUCCCGCUCACCGCUGGGCUCCAGUCCCUAGAAGAGCUGAUGUCUCUGUCCGGUCGUCUGGAGUGUGAGGGGCCCAACAGACACCUGUACGACUUCACUGGCACCCUGCGGCUGGAGAACCUCAACCCGGCUCCGCUGGGGCCCGACCAGGUGCUGCUGCGGGGCGCCCAGCUCAGGAACACCCAGUGGGUGGUGGGCAUCAUCGUCUACACGGGACACGACUCCAAACUCAUGCAGAACUCAACCAAGGCCCCCCUGAAGCGCUCCAACGUGGAGCGGGUGACCAACGUUCAGAUCCUGGUUCUGUUCUGCAUCCUGUUGGUCAUGGCUCUGGUCAGCUCGGUGGGCGCGGCCAUCUGGAACCGCACGCACACCGAGGAGAACUGCUGGUACCUGUCCCGCGCAGGGGACAUCUCCACCAACUUUGCCUACAACCUGCUGACCUUCAUCAUCCUCUACAACAACCUGAUCCCCAUCAGCCUGCUGGUCACUCUAGAGGUGGUCAAGUUCACACAGGCCCUCUUCAUCAACUGGGAUGAGGAGAUGUACUACAGCGAGACGGACACGCCCGCCAUGGCCCGAACCUCCAAUCUGAACGAAGAACUCGGUCAGGUGAAGUAUCUCUUUUCAGACAAGACGGGAACUCUGACCUGCAACGUCAUGAACUUCAAGAAGUGCACCAUUGCCGGGAUUACAUAUGGACACUUCCCUGAUCUAGAAUGUGAUCGUUCAAUGGAGGACUUCAGCCAACUUCCAGCCAGUAGCAAUAACUCCACGGAGUUUGAUGACCCCGCCCUGAUCCAAAACAUUGAGAACCACCCCACCUCCUCUCAGAUCUGUGAGUUCCUGACCAUGAUGUCGGUGUGCCACACGGUGGUCCCAGAGCGGGACCAGGAGACCCUCAUCUACCAGGCCUCCUCCCCCGACGAGGGGGCGCUGGUCAAGGGGGCCAAGGGCCUGGGCUUCGUGUUCACGGGCCGCACCCCCGACUCCGUCAUCAUCGACGCGAGAGGGAAGGCGCAGACCUACGAGCUCCUCAACGUGUUGGAGUUUUCCAGUAACCGCAAGCGCAUGUCAGUGGUGGUGAGGACCCCCAGCGGGAAGCUCCGCCUCUACUGCAAAGGAGCCGAUAACGUGAUCUUCGAGCGGCUGACCGAAGCAUCACAGUACAAGGAGCUGACUGUGGCCCACCUGGAACAGUUUGCUACUGAAGGCCUGAGGACCCUGUGUUUUGCCUAUGUGGACCUGGAGGUGUCUGCGUACCAGGAGUGGCUGAAGGAGUACACACGCAUCAGCACCGUGAUCAAGGACCGCGCCCAGAAGCUGGAGGAGUGCUACGAGCUGCUGGAGAAGAACCUGCUGCUGCUGGGGGCCACGGCCAUCGAGGACCGGCUGCAGGCCGGGGUCCCGGAGACCAUCGCCACCCUGAUGAGGGCCGACAUCAAGAUCUGGGUGCUGACCGGAGACAAGCAGGAGACGGCCAUCAACAUAGGUUACUCCUGUCGCCUGGUGACACAUGGCAUGUCCCUCAUCAUCGUCAAUGAGGACUCUCUGGAUGCGACCCGGGCCACCCUGACGGACCACUGCACGGCGCUGGGCGACUCGCUGCGCAAGGAGAACGAGCUGGCGCUCAUCAUCGACGGGCAGACGCUGAAGUACGCGCUCUCCUUCGAGCUGCGCCAGGCCUUCCUCGACCUGGCCCUGUCCUGCAAGGCCGUCAUCUGCUGCCGGGUGUCUCCUCUGCAGAAGUCUGAGAUCGUGGACAUGGUGAAGAAGCACGUGAAGGCCAUCACGCUGGCCAUCGGCGACGGGGCCAACGACGUGGGCAUGAUCCAGACGGCCCACGUGGGCGUGGGCAUCAGCGGCAACGAGGGCAUGCAGGCCUGCAACUCCUCUGACUACUCCAUAGCGCAGUUCUCCUACCUGGAGAAGCUGCUAUUGGUGCACGGGGCCUGGAGCUACAACCGUGUCACCAAGUGCAUCCUGUACUGCUUCUAUAAGAACGUGGUCCUCUACAUUAUAGAGCUCUGGUUCGCCUUUGUCAAUGGCUUCUCGGGCCAGAUCCUGUUUGAGCGCUGGUGUAUAGGACUCUAUAAUGUGAUCUUCACGGCCCUGCCCCCGUUCACCCUGGGCAUCGUGGACCGGCCCUGUAGCCAACAGAACAUGCUGCGCUUCCCCCAGCUCUACCGCAUCACCCAGAACGCAGAGGGCUUCAACACCAAGGUGUUUUGGGGUCACUGUAUCAACGCCCUGAUUCACUCAAUCAUUCUCUUCUGGUUCCCGCUCAAAAUGUUAGAGCAUGACUCCCCCUUCAGCGACGGCCACGGGAACGACUACCUGUUUGUGGGGAACAUGGUGUACACGUACGUGGUAGUUACAGUCUGUUUGAAGGCUGGGAUUGAGACCACGGCCUGGACCAGGUUUUCUCACCUGGCCGUGUGGGGCAGCAUGAUCCUGUGGCUGGUGUUCUUCGCCGUCUACUCCACCUUUUGGCCGGCCAUCCCCCUCGCCCCUGACAUGCGAGGCCAGGCGGGCAUGGUUAUGCGGUGCUGGUACUUCUGGCUGGGUCUGGUUCUGGUUCCGGCGGCCUGUUUGCUGAAGGACUUCGCUUGGAACGCCGGGAGGCGCACGGUGAGGAAGUCCCUCCUGGAGGAGGUGCAGGAGCUGGAGGCGCGGGCCGUGGACCCUGGGGCCGCCGUGCUGCGGGACGCCAGCGGGCGCAGUCUAAACGAACGGGCCCAUCUACUGACAAGAGUCUUUAGGAAGACGCCCUCCAGCGUUGGCCGUUCCAACUCGGUGCAGCAGACCGUGACACACGGCUACGCGUUCUCUCAGGAGGAGCACGGAGUGGUGUCCCAGACGCAGGUGGUGCGCUCCUACGACACCACCCGCCAGCGCCCCAGUGUCUAGCCCCACCCCCGCCCCAAACCUCCCCACCCUCCACCUCUUCACCAUCCAGAACCACCGCGUGGGAUCGCCGUAGCAACAGUUGUCAGGGCGACAGUAGAGGAGACAGCAGACUCAUUGGAUCCGUUGGCCCCCUGUCUUCCAGUGGGUCGGCACCAGGUCCGCUGCUGUUGCCUCGCUUGGACUAUGACCCGUCAACCCCCCCCCCCCCCCAACGUGCCCCUUGGCCCCCCCUUGCCACCAAGGUCAGUGGCCAGGCUCUGUGGACUGUCUCAGAGACCUCCAGGGCUGACUGUAGAGAGCGACCCACUGGACGGGAGCCGUCAGCCUCCGGACCCUCCCCCCCCACCCCACCCACCGGACGUGAGCGCCAGCCUCCGGACCCUCCCCUGUAUCCGUGUAGCCCACCGGCCGGCGUCGGACUCUGCUUCAGUGUGCGACGUCAGUGUGGGCGUUCCUAAUGUUCUCGGUAUCUGCCUGUGCAUGUGUGUGUCUGCACGCAUUGUGUUCCUCCUGUGCGUCAGUAUGUGCGUGUGCGAGAGACAUUGUUUGAAUGAUGACCAUUGGGGAUAUGUGUGUGUGUGUGUGUGUGUGUGUGAACGUGCUUCCUUAGAGCUAGCUUUGACUACCCUCUCUCUCUCUCGCUCGCUUGCUCGCUCGCUCGCUGGGCUUGAAGGCGGGGGCGGGGGAAUAAGCAGGAGAGAGGAGGUAGUCUUAGCCAGUCUGUCAUCACAUGCCCAUGAAGGAGGCAAGGGACCUAAAGUAAACAACAUACACUCGCACAGAAGCCAAUAAGGAAUUCCACACAGAGGGAUGGAGGAACCACACACACACACACACACACACACACACACACACACACACACACACACACACACACACACACACACACACACACACACACACACACACACACACACACACACAGUCAUCUCGUUGCGUUGUGUAAAAUCCUCCUCUUCCUUUAUUUAUCUCUUUUAAUUGAUUCCUGCACGGCUGUGCACCAGGUCUGGCCUGGGGAGAACCCCGCGGGCCUGGGGGGUCAAUGGCAACAGCCUGCUUUCAAACAUCCAUCUUUUAAUCAUCUAUCUUUAAACAUCCAUCCUUUAGUCCAACUGGAGUUUCUCUUUUUUUUUUAUGAAAUAAAGUCGUAUAAAUAAAGACAUGUUUUUUCUUCUAUUUUAAUUAAUGCCUGUUUUGUUUUAAUGUAUUUUUUUACUCAAUCGUGGAGAUAUACUAGAGGGAAUAUUUUACUUGAACUUAGUGCUACUUAGGAAUAUGAAUAAUCCUAUAAAAACUGAGAUGUUGAAUCCUGUGAGUUGCAUACUUGUUUCUGUCGUCCGUCUGUCGUCUGCUGGACGCCGCGGCGUCACAGUGCAGGAUUGUUCCACUGCAAGAUGCACAGGGGUGAGGCAUGUCCCCCCCAACCUAACCAUUAAACAUAAUCAAUCCAUCUGC